AGUACCUAAGUUUUUGGGUAGGAGGCUCAUGUUAUUAUUGCCUGAAUAUAUUUGAAAACCUUUUGCUUACUAUAUAUAGGAAGUAACUAUAAACACAACUGCUGUGGGAGUUCAGAAGAACGAGGACACAAUGAAGGCUAGAUUGUUGAGGAAAGCUUUUCUAGAGGAACUGGUGUCACUGUCACAAGUCCAGGGCUGAAAAAUCACCCCCACAUCCCAACAUGUGCCCUGCAAAAGCAGUACAAUGUUAUUUCCUUGCUGAAUUUAGAGGCACCCUUUGGCUUCUGGUGGAGCUGCUCUCCUCUCAGCCAGACCUCCACUUGGCCUCUUUCUCCUGACGCUAUCCACACUGUCCCAUAACGCGCCUGGCAUGUGGCACACCGCCUCCCUCAGCAUCUCUUCUCUGAAUCUACCGUUCCUUUCUCAGGAGCAGCCCUGCAAGCCUGCGCUUGCACUCUAUCCCGCCUUAUGAAGGUCUGAGCUCCUUGCCUCUCCGGUUAGCCCAUUCUGCAGAGCCUUGAGCGCCGAGUGAAUUCAACUGUGUCCUCGGGAGUUAGGGCGAGAUGUGGUUCCAUUUUUAGCCACAGUGCUCUCUUCAUUAGAUUUCAGAGAAGCCAGACUAGGAUUUUCCCCCAGCCCUGAGCCCUAAGCAAAUGCAGGAUCUCCUUGGGAAACUCCCUCCCCUCCUCUGCUCGCUCCCCUCGGGAGGCCGGUGUCUGGUGCCCAGCUCGAGGGAGCAGGCAAUGGGGGCGGGCCAGCCAGACAGGCUGCCCUCCCCGCAGUGACGUCCCCGGGGGCGGAAGGGAUACUGGCUGGCUCCGCGCCCUCCCGGCCUCGUCCGGGUGUCGGUCCGUGGGUCCUCCGGAGAUGCUGCUGUUGCGGUGGCAGUUGUGCACACCGCUGAAAGUCUACCGGCUCCACCGCUGUAGCGUCCAAGUGUCUGAGGGCGCACAAGAGCCAGGACAUGCAGCUGAGAGCGGCGCUGCAGGCCGUGUUGCUGGCCGCGCUGCUGGCGGGGCUCCGAGGGGCUACGGGUCGCCUGCUAAGUGGGCAGCCCAUCUGCCGAGGAGGAACACAGAGGCCUUGUUAUAAAGUCAUUUACUUCCACGAUGCUUCUCGAAGACUGAACUUUGAGGAAGCCAGAGCAGCCUGCCAGAGGGAUGGGGGCCAGCUAGUCAGCAUUGAAUCUAAAGGUGAACAGAGACUGAUGGAAAAGUUCAUUGAAAACCUCCUGGCAUCUGAUGGUGAUUUCUGGAUUGGGCUCAGGAGGCACGAGGAGAAACAAAACAACAGCACAGCCUGCCAGGACCUUUACACUUGGACCGAUGGCAGCAUAUCAACAUUCAGGAACUGGUAUGUGGAUGAGCCUUCCUGUGGCAGCGAGGUCUGUGUGGUCAUGUAUCAUCAGCCAUCAGCACCCACCGGCAUCGGGGGCCCCUAUAUGUUCCAGUGGAAUGAUGACCGAUGCAACAUGAAGAACAAUUUCAUUUGCAAAUAUUCCAAUGAGGAAUUAACAGCUCCUUCUAUGGAGCCAGGAGGUGAAAGAACAGAGCCAGCCACACCUAUACUUCCAGAAGACACAGAGAAAGAGGAUGCCAAAAAAACCUUAAAAGAAAACAAAGAAGCUGCCUGGAAUGUUGCCUACAUCCUAAUCCCCUGCAUUUCCCUUCUCUUCCUCCUUGUGGUCACCACAGUUGUAUGUUGGGUUUGGAUCUGGAGGCAGAGGAAUCAGGAGCAGACCAGCCCCAGCACAAAGGAGCAGCACACCAUUUGGCCAUCUCCUCACCAUAGACCGGACCUGGAGGUUUACAACAUCAUACGAAAACAAAGUGAAGCUGAUUUAGCUGAGACCCGGCCAGACCUGAAGAACAUUUCAUUCCGAGUGUGUUCGGGAGAAGCCACUCCUGAUGACAUGUCUUGUGACUAUGACAACAUAGCUGUGAGCCCAUCGGAAAGCAGAUUCAUCACUCUAGCGAGCAUAGAGAGGGGUUUUGUGACCAAUGACAUUUACAAGUUUUCUCCCAACCAAAUGGAGAGGAGCAAGGAGUCUGGAUGGGUGGAAAAUGAAAUAUAUGGUUAUUAGGACACAUGAAACACACUUAAACUUACAAGAAUGGGAGAGAAAGAGAAGCAAAAUUAUUCUAUUUUCUAUAAGGAAAACACUCAUAAGGCCUAUGAAAGUGCUGUUACCAAGUCCUGGAAGGUGAGCAUGUGAUCCCAAAUAGCCCCUAUUGAAUUCCCAAGUUGUGGCUAUAUUCCUCUUUCUUGGCCUUUCACCCAGGCCUAUCUUGUGAGAAAGCACCUUGCCCAGGGUCUGGACAUAGUAGAAAAUAAAUGUCAGUUGGUUGAUCAUAGCCAGCAUGCAAGGGACAGCACUUUCAUUGACAGGGAUAAGGCUGUGGCUAUGGGACUUGGGAUACCCGUCCCAGGUUCCGUUUUUCUUCCCAGCCCAUGUACUCACAGAGAGGCAGGAAUCACAGCAGAUUUCAAAGCCUACUUGUGGUAGCAUCCGGCUGGCCUGCACAUCAGCAAUGCUUGUAUCUGAUUUUUUCAAAGAAUCAAAUCAAAUCAAAAGCAGGAAGCAAAAUGUUAGUCAGUCUGUGUCUGCAGCCCUUCCUCUGCAUGUGGCCUCGUGGGACCUUUUUUCUUCCUCCUGACAUCCCAACUUGGAAAUACUUUAGAAACAAAAAUGAAAUUUGGCUUCCAGGCUUAUUUGUGUUCAAGCCCUGACACUGCACAUUGUUCUGUUGGUGUGUUUGUUUUAGUGCAGCAUCAACACAAUGUUGCUAAUAAUAAUGACGAUGAUUCUUCUCUUUUGUUUUAGGAACCUAUUUCCAAUACUUUUGGACUCAAAUCCAGAGAAAGGUUUCAUGGCCUCACACCAGUCAUCUACCAUUUAAAGGUCUGAAGGCCAUUAUUUAAAUCACCAGCAACCUCUCUCUAUCAGUUUAAUAUUAUUUUAACAAUUCCUCAUAUAUAUUAUUUUUAGAGUUUGUAGCUUUGCCUCACAUGUGGAUCCCCAAACAAGAUAAAUUAACUAGUCAGGGCUGCAUCGAACACAGUGGAUUGUAACCACUGCCCAGUGACCUGUCCUGCUGGGGGGUGGGGGCAGAGAACAGGGUGGACACAAAAGCAUCAUUUAUGCCUGCUUCAGGGAAGUGUAUUUGGUGGAGUUACCACAUUUCAAGCAAAAAUGGUGACCAUGUGGUCUGAAGGACUAAUUCGUUGCUCUGAAAUGAAGUCCCCAUCUUGCUACACACAUCUUGGCUCUGUGAUCUGUCCCUUUAUCCUCCCCUGUGACCCUCGACUCUGGCCACUAAUAGCUGAGAACCCCAGGAGGGCAGAGGUCCCAUUGGCCCUAUCAGCACUGUACCUCCUACACCCUUGCUCUAUGCAAGACAGCACCUUGCACAGAGUAGACAGUCAACACUGGUUGAAUGGAUGAACAAUUCAUCUUUCAGACUGAUCUAAAAUAGCCUAAAUAUUUCAAAAGUUCAUAGGACCUGUUUUUCACACUCCACCUGGGUGAGGGUGGUAACUGAGUUAUUUUAGUUUGAAUAACACUCCUGCUAACAGAGGAAGACAGAAGAGUAGUGACAAGUAAACAGAGCUGGUGAAUUGUUAACAACUUGCUUUAAUUAUGUCACUUAAACAUGAAAUGAGGACCCAUUCUUAAGGUUGUAAUUUCAGUGACCCUUUCAGCAUCUUGUCUUUGUCAUUCAGGUGUUAUCUGCACUGGAACCCACAGAUUUCUUCCUUCUGGAUUUGCAUGUAGCCAGCCCUACCCUGCAUUUAGAUUAUUCAAUUUCUUUUCCUCCUUGGAUUCACUAGCCUGAAUUUAUCCAACUCCAUUGCUAUCUCUAAUAAUUGUGCUUCACUUAUUUAACAAACUUUUAUCAAAUGUUUUUGUUCAAAUUGAACAUCUAGUUUAUCUAGUUAUCAUUUAAAAAUUAAUAAACCCAUUUUGUCAUUUAAAAACCCAGGCUUUCUCCCCACCCCCCAACUCUGAUACACACAAGAGAUGAAAUGUAUCUAUCAAAUAAUUCCUUGGGUCUAUCCACUUAAAAAGAAUUUAUUGAGUAUCUACUCUGUGCCAUACACUGUGUUAGAUGUGGCACACAGGCCAAGGCUUGAAUAAGUUGGGUUGAACAAUAGGUUACAUACUUUUCUCAACAUGCUAGCUAGAAAGACUUUUUUCCCCUCAUGUUAUUUCUUCAUUCUUUUAUUCACAAAGUUUAAUUAUACCUACUUUGUGUCAGGAAACAUGCUAAAUGCUAGGCAUGUGAUGAUAAAUAAGGCAGACAUAGGCUCAUCUCAUGGAGCUUGCAUUCUAGUGAGGAAAGAAGACACAUCAAAACAUAAAUGAGUAAAAGAGAAUUUGCUAUAAUUUGUUUUUAAUUGUGUGCAACUCUUUCUACUCUCCUUCCCCUUCCUUUUCUUUCCUGACUGUUCCUGGACACUUCAGUCCUAAAGCUAUUAGGUAGACCAGAGGGAGGUAGGCAUCCAUGUCCAGGAGGGUGCAGGGACUUGGUAGUUCCUGAUUGGGUACCAGGCACGAACAGGGUGAGAAAGGUGUCCAUACAGAGGGCAUACCUGGCUCAGAUGUGGCCUGAGUAGGUGAGGAGGCCAUCCACGCAGAGCAUGGGGCAGCAGCCACAGUGGGAGGUUGGUUGCACAAAGGGGAAUUGGCAAAAUAGGUAAGCAUACUAAGGGUAAGAAGUGCCAGGUGUAGUGCUAUCAGAGAUGAAAG